AGGCUGCCUUUUGAUGCUACCAACACAGCCCAGUUAAGACGGCAGAUUAUGCUCGGAAACUAUUCUAUCCCCCGUGGCCUGUCCAUUGAGCUCCAGGAUCUCAUCCGUUAUAUUUUAACAGUGAAUCCAAACCAAAGACCGACAAUCAAAGACAUUAUGCUACAUCCUUGGCUUAAGAAAGACUCAGACAGCUUCCGAGAACCUUGUGGCAAACAGAUCCCCCUCAGGUUGGACUCAGCUAUAUUAAAAGCAAUGAAAGCCAUUGGAUUCCAAGCAGAAGACAUUAAAGAUUCUAUAUCGCAAAGAAAAUAUAAUCAGGCCAUGGCCUCAUAUUAUUUUCUGAAAGAACAGGCUCUUCAGGAGUGUGACAGCCCUACCCGGGCUCAACCCAUAAAUCCAUGGAAAACACCAUACCCUUCCCUUGAUGAUCCUGCUACUUUCUGCCCAGGAUUAAGGAGAAAAAGUGAGCCCAUCUUGAUUUCUUCCUCCUCCAACAGUCAAAUGUCUACUCAAGGCCAGAAGGCUAAGAAGAGAGAAGAGAGAAGAGUCAGUUGGCCUGGUGUUCUUCCCCGUAGGCCACUCCAGACAACACCUACAAUGGGCCAAGCUCACAUACCUUUUGGGAGUCUCCCCUGCAAGUACUCAAUGGGUUUGGGAGGAGAGAGCAGCAGCACCAGUGCCUCAGCAGAGCACAAGCCGGUCCCCAGCAGGGGCCAGUCCCUAGGUUUCAGGGGAUGGGCCAGGAAGAUACGAAAUGGCCUCAGGAAGCUCUGUUGCUGCAUACCAGAAAGAAACACAGAUUGCCUGGAGGAGAAGAGUGUCUCCCCACGUCUCCUGGGGGAGAAGAGAGUCUUCCCGCAAAUAUAA